AGUGGUGAAUCAGAAAGAGGAAGUUGGACCAUGGGUUGCAAUGGGCUUGCGGCAUGUGAGGAAGGUGGUGUGGCUUGUGGAGGGGAUGACUGGGUGCCGGUUUGGGCCGAAGAAGAGGAACGUGGAAGGUGGAUCACUUUGGGUGAGUCCAUCGCUAGAGACAAUUGCUGCUUGUCGGGCCGUGAAGGUGAUGGAUAUGAAGUGACCUCAGAAGAAAAUGGCGUUUGUGCAGGCAGUAACCAAUCUUCCAAAUUGGGCAAAGAUGGAACAUAAUUAUUUUUAAAUGGAAAGAAACGUUCAUCAAACACAACAUGACAAGAGUAAAAAAACUUUUUUGAC